AUUCUAUAUAAAUAUGAUAUCAAGAGAAGAAUCUUUUAUGUCAGUCGAUGAUCUAAAUGAAGAAUCAAACUCAAAUAAUCAAAUAAGUACUUCAGGAGUUUCUAAUCCUAGAUCUCCAGCUGAUUCUUAUUUUGAAUAUAUUAAUUCAUGUUGA